AUGAGAAAUUCGAACAACAAACCUAAGUAUCGCCUCUCAGUGACUGCAGGCACCGACUACAAAAAGGGUGCCCAUGAGGUGGUCCAGGUAAAUGGCAAGACACUGCGCUUUGACAGUGACCUUGCGGUGAUUGACCUGAAUGUCCGCAUCCAGGACUAUACAGGAUAUCCGGACUCUUCACCUUCCACAAGCCCGUAUUUCGAAAAUGCUCUACAUAAAAACGACAAGUACUCUAUAUCAUUUUCUUUCACCUCCAAACAUAAUAUCAAUGGCAACAACCUGGUUUUUGGCAACGAUUUCGACAACCCCCUCCGUGACCGUUUACCAAUGGGCUUUAACGCGGCACUGAGUAUGGUGAAAUGGACCCUCGACCCUUCGAUAGAAGGCGAUGCUUAUGCAGAUAAGCCAUAUCUAUACAGUCCAGCGCUGGCAACUUGGAACCAGUUUCGUAUCGGCGAGAAGAAUCAGGAUCUGAAGAAUAGCCAGCUGAUGGAGAAGAGCCAUGUGGUGGAAGAAGGUGCCGAAGGACAAGGUGAAGAAUCUCGCCGUCAUUCCCGGAUUCCAGGAACAGCCACCGAGCGCCGUAAACAUUUUCGAAACGAAGAAAACCGCAAAUUAUUCCAGUUUGAGGCCGGAAGAACAUAUCUGGCUGAUUUUGGAAACCAAUAUCUCUCAUUCAGUGAUCUUUCUGUCCGACUUCCUGGGUUCCAUAUACCUGUUUUCAAUAUGGUUGAUGAUGACCAUCGUGAACUACGAUACGUUCUGAAGGAUUCUAGGACAGGGACCGUCUAUCUUGUUGUUCUCUUUUCUCUUGUUAAAUGUGACUUAGAUGGAGAAGAAGAACAGGAAUGA